AUGUCUCGAAGCGAUUUUCCAUCCGAACCCUCAUUUUUACAACGGUGGAUAUGUAUAUUUUACGUUGACCUCUCCGUUUGGAUGGAGCCACAAAUUCAUGAUGUUCAUCUUACCACUGUACACUGGCGUCUAUUCGUUGACAAUAUCCAUGUUAGCCGUGCAAUUUGUCUAUCGCUAUUGCGCAUUGUUUACUCUGAGCUACCUAUCUUACUUCCGCGGUUGGAAAUCUUUAGACUGGAUUUCCUACACCCUUUUUUUGGCAUAAUUUCGUGGAUCGGCGCCUACCAUCUCAUACAAAGAGAUGACAUAUGUGCCAACUAUUUCAAAGAUGAAAUGCUUCUUCGUUAUGAAGUUCUUCCAACAGAAAUACCAAUGAUGACGUUCCUAGCUUUUGACCCAAGUGAUGGAUCUGUACGCUGGUGGAAUGCUACCUACACACUUUUAAUAAUUUCCAUUAUGGAUAUUCAGUAUAUUACUAUGAUUUAUUGCGGAUGGAAUAUGUACUUCAAAAUGGAAGAGAAAAUCGCAGGACUAUCCGUUGCUUUGAAACGACAUCAUCGACAAUUGUUCAAAUCUUUAGUGUUCCAGAUAACCUGCCCUACAAUUUUCCUCUUCUCUCCAAUAGUUCUCAUUAUCUAUAUACCGUACUUUGAACUUGAGCUGAGUUUUCCUGCUGGUGCUACUGUCACUGCGUUCAACAUCUACCCUGCCAUGGAUUCCAUCAUUGUAUUAAUGGUAAUCACGGAAUACAGAGUAGCUGCGAGAAACACUUUCGCCCUAGUAUCAACCAAAAAUGUCAGGCAGCUACCUUUACCUGGUUUCUUUAGCUCAACAAGUGGGAAAAGUUGCGUUUGUGACAAGUUCACUUUUCGGAAUACUACAGUGUACGCUGGAGUAUAUUCGUUAACAAUAUCUAUGUUAGCCGUGCAGUUUGUCUACCGCUAUUGUGCAUUGUUCAGUCUGAGCUACCUAUCUUACUUCCGCGGCUGGAAACAUGUAUACUGGAUUGCCUAUCUAUUUUUCUUCGGUUUGAUUUGGUGGAUCGGCGCCUACUACCUUCUGAACAUGGAUGAUAUAUCUGCCAACUAUUUUAAAGACGAAAUGAUCCUUCGCUAUGAGGUUCUUCCAACAGAAAUUCCAAUGAUGGCAUUUCUAGCUUUCGACCCAAACGAUGGAUCUGUACGCUGGUGGGAUGUUCUCUACACCGUUCAAAUAUCUUCCAUCAUGGGCAUCCAGUACAUUACUAUGAUUUACUGCGGAUGGAACACGCACUCCAAAAUGGAACAGAAAAUUGCAGGACUAUCCGUUGCUUUGAAACGACAUCAUCGACAAUUGUUCAAAUCUUUAGUGUUCCAGAUAACCUGCCCUACAAUUUUCCUCUUCUCUCCGCUAGUUUUCAUUAUCUAUAUACCGUACUUUGAACUUGAGCUGAGUUUUCCUGCUGGUGCUACUGUCACUGCGUUCAACAUCUACCCUGCCAUGGAUUCCAUCAUUGUAUUAAUGGUAAUCACGGAAUACAGAGUAGCUGCGAGAAGAAUGUGGGAUAGUCUUCUUCGUAAAAUGACGAUCAGUGCUGGGAAGGAAAGCAGUUACAGUAGUACCCAAACUCAACAAAUUCAAUUGGCAACGAUAUCAAAACCAACAUCUAAUUAG